CCCGGUGACGUUACGUACGCCGCCGCUGCUGCUGCUGCUGCCGCCGCCGUGGCGUGCCUGCAGAGACGCGACAACAUGGAGUCCUGUGCCUUUCCCCUUGCAAGGAAGCCAUGCAAAACACCCGCAAAAAGCCCAGGGAGCGACGCCAAAAGAGCGGACUGUCGCGUGUGAGCAAACCGAGCAUCGGGCUUCUUCCUCGGUGUCCUGCUAUGACGAGCGCCGCUUAGGCUGCGGCUCCUUCCCCUCCAUCCACCAAACCAGGCCGAUAUCAAAGUGGAGGAGCGCACCAUGUAGGCGGGCUGGUCGCCAAGCGGGACUCCAUACUGCUCUCUGGGGGGGCAAUGGAGCAGGGAGGGCCACCCCUGACCCCAGGGACCAGCUAUGUGGCGCCACCGUUGAACUCCGCACAAAAUCCCUCCGCCCCGACACAGUCCUCAUGUUCUUCCAAUGUGAGCGACAUCCUGACGCCUGCCAAGGGCUCACCGGGCCUGGACGCAGACCAGGACCCAGAGCAGACCGAGGGCAGUGCAGAGUCGGAGGUCAGCGCACAGAGAAGAUUCCCCUCCUCAGCCUUUCCUUCCUCGCUCAGCUGGGACUCUGACUCUGAGAAAGAGGCCGUAGAUGAGGAGGAGCUGCAGCAUUUUUCUAACCCUCACGGUCUGGCUGCUCACAGCCCAGGAUCUCCUUCCUCCGGACCCAGAGCUGUUGGCAAAGAUAGCAAAGAAGCAGAGCCGAAGACUGAUAAGACGGCCGCUGAGGAGGUGUGCCGUAGAAGUAUAGAAAGCACAAAAAAAGAAGAACCAAACGCGUGUCAGCUUGGCCCGACAGACUUGGGAGGCCGCCAUGACUGGGAUGUAUCCCAGGGAGCCCAAGGAGAACCAAAGACGGAGGAGGACGCAGACAAAAGGGAGGUCGAGAAAAUCCCCGGGGGUAAAGACAUUGAGGAGCGUGGGAAGGAUGCGUACACCUUUACCGGAGAUUCCGACCCUGGGAGUCUUCCACCGGCCCAGUGGGCUCUGUGCACUCCUGUUCAGAUGUCCACAAAGAAGAAGGUCCUCCUCAUGCCCUUCUCCAGCCUUGAAACUAUGACUGAAACCGGUACGCAAGCAAGUGGGAGUCCUCACGGGUCACCUCCAAGUCAAGGCGGCUUUGGAGAGUCGGACGAUCCGAUUUUGGUCCAAGACGAAGAGGCUGCGGACGGUGACAUCUUCACCUGCGUGGAAUGUAGCAUUUACUUUAAAAAGCAGGUCCACCUCCAGGAGCACAUGGUGGAGCACUCCAGAACGGGCGAAGAGGGCGGUUUUCCGUGCGACGAGUGCGGAUGGGACCUGCCCACGUGCGUUUUGCUGGAGGACCACCAAAGAAAACACCAGGAGUCUCGUGAGAAAAUCGUGGCGGAAAUCCAGAAGCUGAAUGAAGACGAGAAAACAAAAGAGAGACUGGACGCCAAGGUGGCGGCACAGCAAACGCCACAUCGUUUCAGUCCAGACAAGGUGUUCCCGCCUUCACAACAGCCUCUGUGUGAUGGAGACCAAGCUGCUGGUGAAUCAAAUCCACCUCAAAAUCCUCCCGGUUCUUUCGGAGUCACAUUCCGGCCCCGAGCGGUGAUGUACCGCCGGCGAUAUGUCUGCGCCCAAUGUCACUUCAGCGCCAGAACCUCACAGGCGCUCGCAAAUCACACCAGAACGCACACAAAGAAAAAAAACUCAUCUCCUGACUCUUUAUCAUGCUUGGCUUCGUCUUCAAGUCAGGUUGGAACCGGGAAGCGGCUCCACUCAGAAAAUAACCCCAUCAUGACCACGCAGCUCGAUGCUGACACCGGCUGUUCGUCCUACGUUUUCAACGCCGUGCUGGAUUCCAAUUGUGAGUCGGACUCUGCAACCCGGUCCGACUCACCUCAAACCAAAGCCCACCGUAGCUGUAAGGAUGACGAGACUAACCAGGUGCUUCUCAGGACUCACCGAAACAGGAGGUUCGGUAAAAGAGUCCGGCUGAAUGAAGAGGACCUUCCAGGGAGUGACGCGGAGCAUGAACAUAGCGCGGAACUCGACUCUGAGAGAGUUGUAGGGAGAGGAAACGCCACGCUUGGAUAUGACACAGAGUGUCAGAGCGCCACAUUGUCGCCGCGCACGAGGAACUGUCACAAGGAGGACGAGCGGCAAGAAGGAAACAACCAAAAGGUUUUGAGGAGGAGCAACAGGAUUACUGCCGCUCUUGCAGAAAUGGACCCUGAAGCGGGGGAUGAUGAUGAUGAUGAUGAUGAUGAUGAUGAUGAUGGGGGUGUAGACGCCAUUGACGAUGAGCGCGUGCGGCGGUUCCUCUCUGCGGGGGGCAUCCUGGAUGACGACGAAGACGACGAGGAGGCUCCCGAGUCCCUGAAAAGUGUGGAGAGGAAGUGCCCCUACUGCCCCGAUCGCUUCCAUAACGGCAUCGGGCUGGCCAACCACGUGAGGGGCCACCUGAACCGGGUGGGCGUCAGCUACAAUGUGCGCCACUUCAUAUCCCCCGAGGAGGUCAACGCAAUCGAGAAGAGGUUCUCCUACCAGAAAAAGAAGAAAAAAGUGGCCAACUUUGAUCCAGCCACAUACAGCGUGAUGCACUGCGAGUUCUGCAGCGCCGGCUUCGACACCCGCGCCGGCCUGUCCAGCCACGCCCGGGCGCACCUCCGGGACUUUGGCAUCACCAACUGGGACGUUACCGUCUCGCCGAUCCACAUCCUGAGGAAGUUGUUCUCCAGCAGGCCUGACCUCGUCAUCCCGACAGCUCCCCCGCGGAGUACUGUCUCCGGUCCGGAGGAAGAUGAGGAGGAAGAUGAGGAAGAAGAGGAGGAGGAGGAGGAGGAAGAAGAGGAGGAUGGGAUUUUUGAGGUGAAACUGGAAGGGGUGACAAGUGAGCGGAGGAUAAAUACUGCUUCUCUGUCUCCUGAACCUUUCGAUGAGGAAAAUGGCGUCAAAGGUGUCAAAGCAGCGGAAGAAGAAGAUGAAGAACGACAGCACCCGGCUAACGAUGAGCCGAGUUCCAGCCCAAAGAAACCGCGUCUGCACAACGUAGACGCGGAUGGCCUCUCUCCACGGGAGGAAGCAGACGCCAAAGCUCAUGACUUGAAGUGUGACUUGUGUGGAGCUCGCUUCCAGACCAGACGCGCCAUGUCCAGCCACGCCCGCUCUCACCAGCCGCAGGGGGCUUCAGAAAGCGGCGACCAAACUGCCAAGGAUUACAAUGUUCACCGCCACAGAAGCUCGUCUCACCUGGAGUCACCCAAGAGCGCCUCUCUGCUGGACUCCCACAAUCGUGAGGACCUGGAUGGAAACUUUGACGUAAAACCGAUAUCCCUUUCCGUGUUGACCCGAGUGGUCAAAGCGGUGCCACCCUCCUGCGUCUCUACACCAUCUCCUGGUGCCUCUCCGGUUCUGGCCCAUCCCAGCUCGCCUUUGUCGCUAGUGAGGAAAGCCCCCAUCUCCUCGUUACUGCCCGCGUCUUCCCCCUUGCGCUCCGCAGAACACAAGGCUGCGGGGAUGAAAAGCUUGACCUCGAACUUCUCCAACCCACCAUCUAAACCCAUCUGGGCCCCGCAAGAAAACGACGCUCCUCUCAACCUCACCCUGGAGGUGGAUCCCAAAAAAGACAUCGUCUGUCAGCUGUGCGGCGCCUGGUUUGAGACCCGUAAAGGCUUGUCCAGCCAUGCGAGGGCCCACCUGCGUCACUUUGGCGUGGAGUACUCCGAAUCCAAAGGCUCGCCGAUCGCACUCCUGAACCAGCUCAUCGACACCGACGAGUUCAAGCACAAAGCCGGCGAAUUCAAACUCGACACUGAAACACGAGGCGUCGCCGCAACGCUCUCCUCCCUAAAGAAGCCUCCUCUCAGCCUGGCGUCCACCGCUCCAUCCGGAAUCUACAAGGUGACCACAGCUGGAGGCGGGUCCACUUCCAAAGCUACCUCUUCCUCCUCGUCCUUCGGCCCGCCGGCCAAGCGUCUAAAAUCGUCUUCAAUGCAGGUCUUCCGCCUCAGCAGUGGUGAGAUCAUGGCCCUCCCACAAAGAGAUCCUCUAAAGGAAAUCGGCUGUGAAUUCUGCGGGGAGUAUUUCGAGAACCGGAAAGGAUUAUCAAGCCACGCUCGUUCCCACCUGCGUCAAAUGGGCAUCACCGAGUGGUCCGUCAACGGUUCCCCCAUCGACACCCUGAGGGAGCUCAUCAAAAGACGGGGCUUGCCUUGCGCCCUCCCUCUAAAACCUCUGAAAAGCCCGCCUCCCUCUUCUCCCGGUCCGCCGCGUUCCCCGCUGUCCACCCGCUCCUCGCCAUCGUCCCUCCUCAGCCGCCUGCCCUUCACCAGCUCCCCCAGUCCUCCGCAGUCUGCUGGGUUUAAGUCGGGCUCAACUCCGCCAACUUCCUCUGCGCUCAUCUUCAAGAUCAAGCCUGAGCCGGUGCAGCUGGAGGUCACGGCUCUUGAAGCUGGAGGCGGUGGCCGUCGCAGUUUUCCCACCGAUCCUGUCAGCCCUGGAUGGAGCGGUUCUGACAGUGGGCUGCCCCUCAACUUGGCCAUGUCUCGUGAAGUAGAGCCUACACGAGAUAUCCGCUGUGAGUUCUGCGGAGAGUUCUUUGAGAACCGUAAAGGCCUCUCCAGCCACGCCCGGUCUCACCUGCGCCAGAUGGGCAUCACAGAGUGGACUGUCAACGGGUCGCCCAUCGACACGCUGCGGGAGAUCAUCCACAAGCGAGGCUUGACAGUCUGCCCUCAGGGGGUGAAGAAGGAGCGUGCCAAAAGUCCCUCUUGGGGGAACCCACCCAGAAGUUCCGAGGGUUUGUGCGUGUCUCCCUAUCAGUCCAAGUUUCGUAAGUCCCCUCUCAGCAUACUGUCAUCAGGGUCUAGGUUUCCUAAGCACGGCCUGGGCUCUCCGGGCUCCUCCAGUAGUCCAUCCUCGCCGAAGAUCGUCAGGAUAUCCCCACUAAGCAAACAGCCGGAUGAAGCCCUGUCUGCGGAAAGUGGCCAGCAUCAGCGCAAGACUUUCUCACCUCUAUCGCCCGACUUGCCGAUGAAAAAAAAAACCUCCAUCGACAAACACAUCCGCAAAGAUCCCAGGUGUGAGCUGUGUGGCUUUUACUUCGAGAACCGUAAGGCCUUGGCGAGCCACGCGCGAGCCCACCUCAGGCAGUUUGGGGUGACUGAGUGGUGUGUGAACGGCUCCCCCAUCGAGACCCUGGGUGCGUGGAUUCGCAGCAGGCCGCAGAAGGUGUUGGAAAUGCACCGUAGCUACAUGCAGGGCAACCGUCCCACCUCCAAACGGAAGAGCAGCUCACCUCUCCCUGCGUCGACGGAUCCAGAUCAUCGCUUCCCCAUCUCGCCGCAGAAGGCCUCCUCUUCGUCGUCCACGUCCUCCCCCCAGUGGUCUUCAGCUUUGGCGGUCAACCUGGUGCGGCCGCUGAGCCGCGAGCUCGGCCAGGGUUCUUCAGAGACCACAGAAGAGGAAGCGAGCCCCGGCCUCGGGGCCACUCACGCCGGGCCUGUCAGCAGCAGUCCCAACCCCUCGCACCUCGCCAUUGGCCUCCCACUUCAAGCACAGGUGGCUCGCAGCGAGCUCAACGUUCGUCUGCCCAGAGGGUUUGAGCGCCGCCCCCUGAAGCACCCGACUUGCGCCGAGGGAACAGAGGGAGACAGCGGCUCUCCGCAGCCCCCCCGCACAAGCACCGUCCCUGCUUUAGUGCCAAAGCCACCCACCUACCCACUGGUCAGGCUGGUGGGCAAGUUCUACACCCUAAAGUGCCGGUUCUGUGAGGUGGAGUUCCACGGUCCACUGUCUGUGCAGGAGGACUGGAUUCGACACCUCCAGCAACACAUCCUCAAGAUGAGCUACAACAAGCCCGCCGAACCCAGAGCGGUGUCGGCCGGAUCUGGCGAGCCGGCCCCGGUCCACCGGGCCCUGGCCUCGCGACACGCCCCCGGCACUUCCGCCGGGCCCCCCUCCGCCGCUCCGAACUCCCAUGCAGCCCCAGCAGAACUUGCUCGGGAGAUAGUCCCAUCCCAUCUCAUCCCCCUCCCUGCCCAGAAGUAAAACUGCUUGACAGGACGUCUUUGGGACUCCCAGCGUGGCCUCCUGAUUGUAUGCGUUGGUUAGGCUGUGCCAAAGAGUCAGUUCACUUCCACGCCUCUGUAAACGCCGCCGACGUCGGAUCGGCAUCACGGAGGAAGCCGCACAGCGGCGGACUGAAGCGUUCCUGCUUUGUGGGACCUAAGUAAGGCGUCACGGGACUUUUACCGGCCAAUGACUCCCGUUCCAACAUGAACUGGACUUCAUUCCAAACUGUAGAACCGUCAGCUGGCAGUCCGAGAGCGCUCUGACGUCGGGCGGCCGCCUACUUGGAACAAUGAAGUAAUAAGGUUGGCCCUUUUUCCAAGUGACUGCUCGUCUCCAUGUAAGGAAUAUACAAACAUACGCUAUAACUCCUUGUACGCUGGUAGAGCCAUUAGCAGCCUCUAUUAGCAAAAAAAAAAGAAGUGAUCUUAAUUCCUUUUUUUUUUUUUUUUUUAAAUCGUGACUUACUUUUUCAUCUUUGUGCAUUUUCUGUACUUGCAGUCAUGCAAAGUGAAUCUUGGAACAUUUACAAAGCGUUUGUCUCUCCAGGAGGAAACGUUGGUGCUGGUCAGGGUGUUGUUGACUGAAUGUGUGGGAAAGCCGCAAAGGGUAAAUAGAUGCUGGAACGGACCGGAUAGGACAGCUCUCGGCUGAGAGGACGGUGAAGGACCCAGGUAUUUAUCAAACUUUUUUCCACCAAGUACCGCCUCAGAACACGCUUGGCUGUCCAAGUGCCGCCAUACCUUUUAUUCACUAAAAACAAGGCAUAGGUUUUAUUUACACUUAGACUUCCUCUUUGUUGUCACUCAAAUUUGAACUUUACAGUACAAAUAAGAACCAAAUUUUGUUGCAUUAGCUCGUUGUAGUGCAGGAUUAAAAAAUAAAUAAGGUGUAAUUUAAUUUGGCCCUUGAGGCAACAUCAAUUUAGCAUUAGAGCUGUAACACUGCAUUCACCGCUAAUACUUAUACUUGCCAACCCUCCUAAUUUUCCUGGUAGACUCCCAAAGUUCAGUGCCCCUCCCAAAAAUCUCCCGGGGCAACCAUUCUCCCGAAUUUCUACCGAUUUCCACCUUGACAACUAUAUUGGGGGCGUGCAUUUAAGGCACUGCCUUUAGCGUUCUCUACAACCUGUCGUCACGUCCGCUUAUCCUCCAUACUAACAGUGUGUCACAUAAUAUUUGUGGCUUUUACACACACGCACAAGUGAAUGCAAGUUAUACUUGGUCAACAGCCAUACAGGUCACACUGAGGGUGGCCAUACAAACAACUUUAACACUGUUACAAAUAUGCGCCACACUGUGAACCCACACUAAACAAGAAUGACAAACACAUUUCGGGUGAACAUCCGCACCGUAACACAAGAGAACAAAUACCCAGAACCCCUUGCAGCACUAACUCUUCCGAGAAACUUCCAGCAAACUGACCAAUAAUUAACGUUUUAUUCAUGCAUUUUCUCUUGCUACUUCAAGGCUCGAAUGUUUCGUUCAUUCAUUAUUGUUAUUUUAUUUUCAAAUUUAUUAUUAGCAUGUGGGAAAAAAAAUUAUAUUUACCCCAGAAGAUUGCAAAAAAAAAAAAAAGGCAUAACAUUUUUAUUUAAAUUUUAUUUGAUAUGCCAUUGAUUUUUUUUUUUUUAAUUAUUAUUAUUAUUUGAAACUGGAUUUUGCAUGUCACUAUAAAGUUAUAUAAGCCUUGCUUGUUCAAUAUUUAAUGCAAAACUUGUUUGGAUCCAUAUGAAAAGGUUCAUUUUUUCAACCUUGGCCCGCGGCUUUGUUCUGUUUAAAAUGUUGGCCCGCUCUGUAUUUGAGUUUGACACCCCUGCAAUACCCCGUAAUGACAAGGGGAAAACUUUUUAGGGGGUUUGAAAAAAAAAUUUUUAAAUAAAAAAUGAAAAAAAAAAUCACAUUUGUGGCAUUGUGUUCAAAAAGACUUGAGGCUUUAAUUGGUUGAGAUUUGAACCUUGACCUAAUCUAAUCUCCUGGUAGUGGGGCAUCCAUGCAGCCCUGAAUAAUAUAAAUAAAGAAAAACUGUGUAUAUUACGUGUAAAUAUAUAAUAUAUAUAAUAUGUAAAUAAACAACAUCUAAUAUACAAACCCCGCUUCCAUAUGAGUUGGGAAAUUGUGUUAGAUGUAAAUAUAAAUAUAAAUAUAAACGCAAUACGAUGAUUUGCAAAUCAUUUUCAACCCAUAUUCAGUUGAAUAUGCUACAUAGACAACAUAUUUGAUGUUCAAACUGAUAAAUAUUUUUUUUUGUGCAAAUAAUCAAUCACUUUAGAAUUUGAUGCCAGCAACACGUGACAAAGAAGUUGGGAAAGUUGGCAAUAAAUACUGAUAAAGUUGAGGAAUGCUCAUCAAACACUUAUUUGGAACAUCCCACAGGUGUGCAGGCUAAUUGGGAACAGGUGGGUGCCAUGAUUGGGUAUAAAAGCAGCUUCCAUGAAAUGCUAAGUCAUUCACAAACAAGGAUGGGGCAAGGGUCAUGAAUUUGUAAGCAAAUUGUGGAACAGUUUUAGAACAACAUUUCUCAAGGAGGUAUUGCAAGGAAUUUAGGGAUUUUACCAUCUACAGUCCAUAAAAUAAUCAAAAAGUUCAGAGAAUCUGGAGAUAUCACUGCACGUAAGCGAUGAUAUUACGGACCUUUGAUCCCUCAGGCGGUACUGCAUCAAAAACCGACAUCAGUGUGUAAAGGAUAUCACCACAUGGGCUCAGGAACACUUCAGAAAACCACUGUCAGUAACUACAGUUUGUCGCUACAUCUGUAAAUGCAAGUUAAAACUCUACUAUGCAAAGCGAAAGCCAUUUUUCAACAACAACCAGAAACGCCGCCGGCUUCUCUUGGCCCGAGCUCAUCUAAGAUGGACUGAUGCAAAGUGGAAAAGUGUUCUGUGGUCUGACGAGUCCACAUUUCAAAUUAUAUUUGGAAACUGUGGACGUGGUGUCCUCCAGAACAAAGAGGAAAAUAACCAUCCGGAUUGUUAUAGGCGCAAAGUUAAAAAGCCAGCAUCUGUGAUGGUAUGGGGGUGUAUUAGUGCCCAAGGCAUGGGUAACUUACACAUCUGUGAAGGCACCAUUAAUGCUGAAUGGUCCAUACAGGUUUUGGAGCAACAUAUGUUGUCAUCCAAGCAACGUUAUCAUGGACGCUCCUACCUAUUUCAGCGAGACAAUGCCAAGCCACGUGUUACAACAGCGUGGCUUCGUAGUAAAAGAGUGCGGGUACUUUCCUGGUUUGCCUGCAGUACAGACAUGUCUCCCAUCGAAAAUGUGUGGCGCAUUAUGAAGCGUAAAAUACGACAACAAUAUACUGUUGAACAACUUAUGCUGUACAUAAUGCAAGAAUGAGAAAGAUUUCCACUUUCAAAGCUUCAACAAUUAGUUUCCUCUGUUACCAAACGUUUAUUGAGUGUUGUUAAAAGAAAAGGUGAUGUAACACAGUGGUGAACAUGCCCUUUCCCAACUACUUUGGCACGUGUUGCAGCCAUGAAAUUCUAAGUUAAUAAUUAUUUGCAAAAAAAAUACAGUUUAUGAGUUUGAACAUCAAAUAUGUUGUCUUUGUAGCAUAUUCAACUGCAUAUGGGUUGAAAAUGACUUGCAAAUCAUUGUUUUCCGUUUAUAUUUACAUCUAACACAAUUUCCCAACUCAUAUGGAAACGGGGUUUAUAUAUCCUGUGUAAAUAUAUAAAAUAAAAUAUAUAUUGAAUGUAUAUAUAUAAAAUAAAAUAUAUAAGUAUAUAACAUAAAAUACAUAUUAUAUGUAAAUAUAUAAAAUAAAAUAUAUAAGUAUAUAAAAUGAAAUAUAUAUUGUAUAUAAAUAUAGAAACUAAUAUAUAUCUAUAUAUAUAAUAUAUAAAACAUAAAAUGCAUUAUAAAAAUAUACUAAAUAAAUGUUGUUUAUUUUUAUAAAAUAUAAACAAAAAAUAUUACAAAAGUAUGCAACAACUCAGAAUUGAGUAAUGUGAUUUUUUUGUGUUUUGUUUUUUUUGCAACAUUUAAAAGAAUAAACUCUUCACGUUGUCAUUAUGGGGAAUUGUGUGUAGAAUUUUGAGGAUGAAAAGGACUUUAUUCCAAUUUUGGAAUAGGGGGAGUAACACAUCAGAAUGUGCCAAAAGUGACGCACUGUAGUACAGAAUCUGGAAUUACCUUGGCCGGUUGUAGGCUGAUGCGAAAAUGAAAUCACCCUAGUUAAUCCCGAAAGCCAAACGUUCCCGUGUCGCACAAAUCUGUUGUCGAUUAGCAUCCCUGAAAAGUCACACCAAUUGUCCGUCCCACACCGUCCUCCCAGACCAGAGCUGUCCUAUCUGGUGUGUGCGCGUGAAGGGAUGAAGCCUGCUCGGAUCACGUUCACAUUGCAGGGCAUAAGACUCAAUUUAAUUUUUUUUGUUGUUGUUAAUUCCGAUCUUUUCAUGCCGACGUUCACAUGAGGUCAGCAGAUUGGGUCGGAGUUGGACAAAAAUGGGAAUUGUAGUCUUCAGACUGGCAUGGCAAAAAGAAAAUGUGUGUGAAUGUGGGACUGUUAGGGUUAGAAGACCUUUGUUGAAGACCUUUCUACCAUAUUCUGACAUAUAUGAAUUGUAGUGAUGGGGGCUUCAGUGAGCGUGUGGCACACUCACUACCCGUAUUGACAAUGCACUGAUACUGUGUUGCUGUUUCACAAUGGUCAUCCGCCAUCUACCGCAUUUAAGAAAAAAUACAAACAUCACAGGAAGAACGUUGACCAUAUUUGGUGCUAUAAGACCAAAAUGACCCCACACUUGGAUAUCAGUUGGAUAAUGGCGGUGAAGGACUACAUGAUGCCACAGUUUUCUUCAGCCUCGUUUUUGUUUUCUUUCUUAAAGUGACACGCGGUCUUUAGAGGGAAAGAAGCCUCCUGGGUGAAAGGUCUUCAACAAACACCAGUUCGUUGCCUCAAUUCGGCCUUGGCACGAUUUUUCUGACCCUCAUGACUUGGGUCUACUUUGUCAAGGUGGCAUCCUGGGAUCAAAGGAGAAACUUGCAGAAAAAGUUUGACUGGUGCGUGCGUGCGUGCGUGCGUGUGUGUGUGUGUGAGAGAGACAAAAGUCAUGAUGGGAGAAGAUAUGUCUAAGAGAAAAAAAAAAGUACUGUAUACAAAGUUUUAGGUGAAUCAACUGCAGAACAAAACAAUAAAUGUGACUUCCGUUUCAGACGCGGAA